CGCAAUCGAUAUAAUAUCAACAAAAAUCAACACAGUAGGAAACUUUGAUUUAUUCAGUUAUUGUAUUUGUGAUUGUGAUUGAAAGUGGAAGUGAGUGUGCUGAGUGCGAUGAUUAAUUACGGCUUUGCCGCUUGACCAGCAUAGAUACAUAUAUAUGCGAAACGCGCCAACUCAAAUUCCAACUUGUUGUAAUCUACGCAGCAGCGGCAACAAUAACAAAAACAGCAGCGUCGACAGCGAGAACAAAUACGAGAACACAACAACAAGCAGUAAACGAUUUUUAUGGAGGCAGCGCUGCAAGCAGAGCAGUUGCUGCGCCGCUGUUAUCACUUAUAUUUACAGUUGCGCCGCCCCUAUCCUUGCAGUUAUCAAAUAUCAACUUGUUGCCAUAGCGAUAGCGUCUGCUGAUGCUGUGAUCUUUAAACAUAGUGACGACAUUCGAAAUAUUUAAAUAUAAUAAAACUACAACUACAAGCUACGACGCUGACGGUCACAAGGGCGCUGGGCGUUGCGGGGGUGGCGGAAGUGGUUAUAGAGAACUAUUUAUAAUAGUGGCAAAGACACGGAUAAAAAACCAAAAGAAAGACGCGACAAAAGACGCAACAAAUUAAGCAAGUACUAAAAGACGACGUCAAAAAAUGUACAAAACGCAUCAAAUAUUCACUACACCAACAACAACAACAAGAACAACAACAGCCGUGGUAACUGUAAACCACUAGUCAUACACACACUCACAUACCAUAGGAGAGUGUGCGUGUGUGCGUGCGUGUGUGUGUGUGUGUGUGUGUGACUUGGGAACAGCUGGCCGCCAUGGAGCGUCGCCUCCCAUUGUUUCCCAUUGAAGCCGAGCCGCCAACAACGCCCACACAGCGACUCACAUUGCUGGCAACGCGCUCGCUACGUGCGCUGCAAUUAAACUGGAAGAUUAUUAUAUCCGGCAUCACAUUGACGCUUUUGGCCGUUAUUUGGUAUUAUCCAACGUUCUUCUUAUUCUUCGCAUUUGUGAUCUAUUCCCUGGUGCUGGUCUUUGCAGCUGUCGCUGGCACCGUCUAUAUACAUUACAUAUUUACGACCAAUGAGCCCACAAAGCCAAAUCGACUGCCCUCCAAGCUGCUCUACAAUGCCACCAAAAGCAACAUCUUUGAUUUGCCAAAUCCCAUUAAGAAUCCAUCAAAUUUACCUUUAAUCUUUGGCAAGACAGUCGAUCUCCAGUUACAGCAGAUUAUUGAAUAUGUGCUACGUGAUUUUAUGGUGCCCUGGCUAGGCUAUGUUGUGACCAAACCCAAGCUUAUUAACGAUGUUAUACGCGAAGAUCUGUGGAAUGCCAUACAGAAGAUACACGAACGUGCGGUUAAAAUGGAUCCUGCCAAGAUUAUAGCCGUUGACAUGGUCAAUCGGGUGACAGUUCAUCUCGAAAAGAUUCGUAUUGCCGAAGCACGCGCUGCGGAAACCAACAGCGCUCCUGUUUUUAGCACCAAUUCGUACCUGGUCGAUGAGGAAAAGGAAAUGGAGUUUCUACGGAAACUGUGCGAGAUUAUGGUCAUAUUACUGCUACCACGCGGCUACUCACUGCCUCCACUCAAAGUGCUGCUCAGUGAGAUACUUUCCUUUAAGAUUUUCUUUCCCAUGAUCAAAAUGCUGACUGCACCGGAUUACAUAAAUCAGAAAGUGGUGCAAAAUAUUGAGACACGUUUGGCGGCGGCAGCGAUAAGUAAACGAAGUUACGAAUAUGCGGCGAGUUUUGAGGAAUUCCUUAAGAUCAUCAACAGUUCGGGAAAUUUGGAGGAAUUGUCACUGAUACGCAAAAGCAUUGUUAACGAUCUGAUGCAUGCCACAACCAUGCAGAACUUGCAACGUGCCAAAGGCCUUGAUCCAGACACUGAGGAUCAUACGCUAACCAAAUCCGAGCUAACAGCCGCUGUGCGGCUUAAACGAUACGUGCAACAGCUGUCACUGGCCAAGGGUCAGUGCGAAAAGAAUCUGGCCAAGUUUGGCUGGAAUGGCAACUAUUCCAGCGAUACGGAUCUAACCCUAAUGGAAAUACUCAAUACGGCUGUGGGGCGACGCCACUUUACGCUGUUCCUGGAGCCGCUGAAGGCAAGCGCCCUGGUGGGAUUCUACCUGGCCGUGGAUGAGAUGAAGCAUUCGCACAAAACCGCCACACAUCAGCUGGGCACGGAAAUCUUUUACACAUAUAUACGAGCACCGAAACCGGAGAUUCAAAUUGAUAAGCACGAGCGGAAGCUCAUUGAGACCUUUGUGCUGGGCGAUGCGGGUCCAGAUAUAUUCUAUGAUAUCCAGCGGAAUAUAUUGCGCACACUGGAGGACAAAUACUAUCCGCCGUUUGUGCUCAGUGAGCAAUAUCGACAGCUGAAGGAGGCGCUCGACUCCAACGAAUUUAAUGAUCCCACCUUGCUAAUGUGCCCCACACUCCUUGGCGAUGUGCCCGACGAUGAGCAGGCCAUCGUUGUCGAUGGCCUCAAUGGUGCUGGUGGUGCUCCCGCUGCCAUCGAUGUGGCCGCUCAUACCUCGUAUGCUCGGCGAAAGCUGGAGCAGAUACAGGAGCGCAUUGAUAAGAAGAAUCAAGCGCUGGACGCAUUGAAAUACUCUGUUAAGCCGGAAUCCAAGGUGCUGCAAAUACUCGAAAAGGAAAUGGAAUGGCUCAAAAGCGAGAAACGUCAAACGGAGGCGCAUUUGCGACGCACGGACGCCUGGACGGAGCAUCUGGGCAAGUGGAAGGCCACCAUACAAAGUGUCGAAGUUUCCGAUGAGAAGGAAUCGCUGCAGUUCAUGAUCCUUGUGCAUGUGGACGAGGACAUCAAUGCGCCACCUCAGGCAGCGCCCAAGAAUGGUGACAGCAGCACAGGACGUGCUCAGCGAAGGCGUCCUUCCGGCAUUUCCAGUGGCUGGGUUGUCAUGCGUUCCCUUAACCAAGUGCAUGAACUGCAACGUAAGCUGCGUCAUGUGAGCUCCAAUUUGAAAUCGCUGGACUUGCCAACGAACUUCAAGUUCUUCUUUCUGAAAACCGAUCGACAUGCGCAGGAAAAGGCAAAGGGACAAAUCCAAAAGUUUCUCAAUUUUAUACUGGAGGAUGAUCAUUUGAAUGGCAGUGAGGCCAUAUAUACAUUUCUUAGUCCCAGCUCGGAUCAUUUAAAGCAAACGUUGCCAUCACCCAAAAAGUCCAAGUUCUCGCUAUCCACAUUAUUUAAAAGCGAUGCGGCAAAGGCGCAUGAUAGCAAUAAGGCGAGUGAUCCAUUUUGGGGUCUGCAGCGGGAUGAUGAUGAUAUGUCCACGUAUUUGGAUGGUGAAUCGGGCAGCGAUGCCAAAUUCCUUGCGGAUUUGGAUAGCAAAGAUUCGAUUGCGGAGCCCAUGUAUGCGCUAAUGGGUGAAAUCUUCGAUAUGGGCGGCGUCUUCAAAUGGCUGCGCAAGAGCAUUAUCUCCUUUGUCCAGAUCACAUAUGGACGUACGAUCAAUAGGCAAAUACGUGAAUCGAUUGCCUAUCUUUUCGAGGAGUCCAUGCUGCACAAUUAUUUCUCGGCCAUAUUGAAAUCAUUUUGGCCCGGCGGUGUACUUGCCUCCGCGUAUCCGGUGCGUUCCGAUGACAUGAAGGAGAUGACCACGAAUGCAGCAAAGGCUCUGCUCACCGAUCAUAUACCCGAGGUGCUAUGCAAUCUCGUUGGCGCCCAGGCGGCCAAACGUGGUGUCCUCAAAGUCUUUGAUGCUCUACAGAAUCCCACAUACAAUAAGCAGCUAUUUUAUGAACUGCUGGAAAUACUGAUGAUUGAGUUCUUUCCGGAAAUUCGUCAGCUGAAGGUGAACAGCGCCAAUGGCAACAAGCUGAACACGGCGACGGCGGGCGUGGCAGCUGCCUCUGCUGCCGCCGCUUUGGCUGCCGUUGCCGCCUUGCCGCUCAACUACAGUCACAACAACAGUCACAAUAGCCAUAGUCAUGGUCAUGGUCAUGGUCAUGGCCAUGGAGCGGCCAAUCAUCAGCAUGCUGCUGGAUCACAUGGCGGCAUGACGACGACGACAACGACGUCGGCAUCCAAUGCAGCAGCGCCCAAGGAGCAUUAUCAUCAGGCGCCGCAACAGUCGCCUUAUCACCAAAGCUCGGGGCAACAUCAUCAUGGCUCAACGGGCUCCAAGUAGAUGCCUCCAUAGAAGAAUAUUCUGUUUAUUAUUUUUAAUUAGUUGAAUGUGUUAACAAUGCUCUCUCUGUCUCUCUGUCUAUCUCACUCACUCACUCUUAACUCGUAUAGCUAUCUCGCUCGUUGGCAUGUUUAGUUCAAUUUUUGUUUUGAGUACCCUGGAGAGAUUAUUAUUUAUUAUAAUUAGAACAUAACUCCCAUUAUUCCGUACUUGUUGUUUGUUUCUUCUUGUUGUAGUUGUUUAGACAAUUCAUUGUUUGUUCCUUUGUUUGUUUUUAUUGUUAUGACUAUUAUUAUUAUACUAUAAUUAUGAUUUGUGCUUUCGUCGCAGUAUUAAGCGUUAAACCAAAAUUGUUAAACAUUCCCAUUAAAAACAACACAACGAAUAGACCCUUCUACAACCUCCAACCUUUAACCUUUACCCUUCCCCUUACCAUUUGUAACGAGCAAAAGAUACACGAUUAAACAUAUUUAAAUUGUUGGUGCCGAUUGCCCAAAUAAUGAAAUAAAUUUGUAACUGGAGUCGACUUAUUGUGAUCUUAGCAAGUAAACAGCACCAAAAAAACAACAACAACAAAAACAAUUGUAA